AUGGCUCCCUCCUGCUCCCUCCUGCUGCUGCUGCUGCUGCUGCUGGGGCAGAGCCCUGAGGCUGCCACGUCGCUGCUGAGGUACCGUGUGGUGUGUGGCGAGCGGGGGAUGCAGCUCCUGGUCCACCCUGCCCGGGGCCGGGUCGUCCGCUUCGGUGUGCUGGAUGAGUUUGGCACCCGCUUCGACGUGGCCAACUGCUCCAUCUGCCUCCACUGGCUCAGCACCAGCACGGAUGGUGCCUUUGUUUUCUCCUCUGGCUACGAGGGCUGCCACGUCCUGGUGAAGGACGAUCGCUACGUGCUGAGGAUGCAGCUGGAGGAGCUGCUGCACACUGGGGUCCCAGCUGCCUCCCACCAGCUCAACAUGAGCUGCCCAAGGCUGCUGGGGGGCUACCAGAGCCUCAGCCACGGCAACAGGCACAACGGGCAACAAGGGCAGCGGGGUGACGGCGGCCACCAGAGCCAGCUCGAUGUCCUCGUGCCCCUGUCGCAGCCUGGGCUGCUGCAGCACGUCUCCCAGUCUGCCCUCAGCCUCUCAGGAGCCCACUCAGAGCUGCUCCAUGCUGUGGCUCGGACACAGCCCCUAGAGAAUCACCACAACAGCCAGCCCCAGAGGGAUCCAGCACGCCCAAACCAGCCUGGCUUCCUUCAGCCGGGGCUCAGGGCCCCAAACCAGCCUGGCAUGGUGCAACCUGGAGCUCUGGCCCAACCUGGGCUCCUUCACCGAGGGCUCAGGCCCCCAAACCAGCCUGGGCUGGUGCAAGCUGGAGCUCAGACCCAAACAAGUCUUCACACAGGGCUCCAGCUGCCAAACCAGCCUGGCAUGGUGCAACCUGGAGCUCUGACCCAACCUGGGCUCCUUCACCGAGGGCUCAGGCCCCCAAACCAGCCUGGGCCGGUGCAACCUGGAGCUCAGACCCAACCAGGUCUUUACCCAGGGAUUCAGCCCCCAAACCAUCUGGGAUUGGUGCAACCUGGAGCUCUGACCCAACCUGGGCUCCUUCACCGAGGGGUUCAGAGCUCAAACCAGGCAGGGCUGCUGCACUCCACUGUCCAGGCUGCCUCAGCUCAGACCCAAACUGGAGCCCAGCACCAGAACCAGGCUGGUUUCACUCGCCUCAACCAUCAGCAGCCCUUCUCCUCAACUGGCCACCUUCGCCCUGGGCUCCUGAACCAAGCUGGCACCCAGCACCAGUCCCACAUCCAAACUGGGCUGCUGCGCACCAGCCAUUCCCAGCUGGGUGUGAGCGGCCCAAGCUUCCAGUCUCACCCGGGUUUUAUCCGUCCUGGGCCUCAGGCUCAGCCCCAGCCUGGUCUGGUGCCCCCAGGGCUGAGGCCUCAUGCCCAGCCUGGCGUGUUACAGCCUGACCUUCGGUCCCAGCCCAGCCUGCUGCAGUCCACAGCUCUCUUCUACCCCUCACCAGGGGCAGUCUGUGGCACCCCAGGUCACCAGCUGAGGCGGGAGCAGUGCCAGGUGACGGUGGGCAGGAUGCCCUGCGUGGCGCCCCCGGGCCGGGAGCCGUGUCUGCAGGCGGGAUGCUGCUACGACGACAGGGACCGGCUGGCACCCUGCUACUAUGGCAACACGGCCACGGUGCAGUGCCUGCAGGAAGGGCACUUUGUGCUGGUGGUGCCACACAAAGUCACCCAGCCCUACAACCUGGCCAGCGUGCGCCUGGCCAGCGCCCAGCCCGGCUGCGAGCCCGCCCGUGCCACCGACACCUUCCUCAUGUUCCGCUUCCCCGUCACCCAGUGUGGCACCACGGUGCAGGUGAUGGAGGAGCAGCUCAUCUACCAGAACCAGCUCAUCUCCACCAUCGACGUCCAGGGCUCCCCCCACGGCUCUGUCACACGGGACAGCUCCUACAUCCUCCAGGCUCGCUGCAUCUACAACGCCAGCGACCUCCUGCUCCUUGGCAUGGAGGUGGCCGUGCCCCCCACCGCCACCCCCCUGGCCAUGCCAGGGCCGCUGGGGCUCCAGCUGCGCAUCGCCACGGACGAGAGCUACAGCUCGUACCACGGGGCCGGGGACUUCCCCUUGGUGCGGGUGCUGCGGGAUCCCGUCUACGUGGAGGUUCGGCUGCUGCACAAGACAGACCCCAACCUGGUGCUGGUGCUGCACCAGUGCUGGGCAUCCCCCAGCAGCCAGCCCGGAGCCCUGCCCCAGUGGCCCAUCCUGGUGGACGGGUGCCCGUUCACAGGGGACAGCUACAGGACGCAGCUGGUGCCCGUGGGCGCGGCCUCGCCGCAGCUGCCGUUCCCCAGCCACUACCAGCGCUUCGCCAUCUCCACCUUCACCUUCGUGGAGCCGCCGGCCGCGGCCGCGCUGCAGGGGGAGGUGUACAUCUCCUGCAGCGCGUCCGUGUGUCACCUGGCGCAGCCCGAGCCCUGCCGGCCCUCCUGCCAGCUCACAGCCCGAGCGAGGCGGGCGGCGCCGGCCGCGGGCAGCGGCAGCUCCCCGGGACCCAUCGUCACCUCGCCGGGACCCAUCGUCCUUCUGCGGACACAACGAGGGUGA